AUGGCGCAAUGGGAGAAAAAACGUACACAGGAGAUCGAGAAGAUGAUCUCGGAAACGAACGACGAGCCCACCCAAAUUGACCGAAUCGCCGAAAUGCGCGGCUGGUUCCGCCCACCAGAGGACGGCAUCGUCUACCCCGCUGUACAAGACUAUGUGAACGGCACCGCAGAUCUCGAAGCAACCGUGUCCAAGAUCACGAAACCCAUCGACGAGGCUCUGGCGAAAAAUUCCGGUAAAGACCAGCUGGACGAUGCGUGGUACCCCAUCAUUCAUUCUGCGAAAAGGAUACCGUACAGCGAUGCAGAUCGGCAUUCAAAACUCGUGGAGCUGGUGAAGGCGCUCAAAGAACAUCCAGAGCCAUCCGCGACGCAGGACAAUCCGAAAUAUAUGACACUUGCCGGUCUGCCCAUGGCGGUGCGCGAAGCGUGGAACGACAGUCCGCGCCAUGACAUCGGCAGCGUUCCUCAGGAAAUUCGCGCGUACACGAAUUUCAACUACUUUAUCGCGAGAUUGACCGAUGAUGGGUUAUUCACAGCCAGCCAUGUCAUCAUCUGGGCGAUGCGGGAGGCACUCGAAAACACCCCGCAGCCGCUGCCGUGGUCAUACGACGCGCACGUGCCGGCAGCUGCGAUGUGGGCUAUUGUGUUGGGGAAGAAACUGUAUGAAAGAGAAGAAGAUCUGACGCCAAGGAAUGCCAACGAAGGGAAUCCUGCUAGAGGGGGUGAUCUGUGGAAUGGAGGGCCGGUGUUCAGCAAGGAGAGGUGGGCGUUUUGGAAGAAGAGAUUUGGAGACGUUGUAGGACAGGAAGGGAUUUCCGAGGAGACGAAGAAUAUCGCGAAAGCGGCAUUCGAGGCGAUGGACAAGGCGGAAAGCUCGUGA